AUGCAUCCGAUGAGCCCGGUGCCUAUCGGGAUGCCGAUUUCACCCGGAAUGUCACCUGUUCUCGGAUCGCCCACGGGAUACAUCCAAUGUCCCAGGCCCAGAUGGCCGUCACCCAUUCCAGUGGGUAGUCAGGUGCCCAGGCCCUUCAUACCGACACAGAGUUCCGUGGAAAGUGGCGCAACAUCGCCUUUGGUAAGUGGACCACCCGAAUACAUGAUUGGAACAUACAGACCCGGCGAAUACGAGUACGUUGGAGUACCACUGGAUCACUCGCAGACGGAAGAGGAAUCCAGCGGGCCCAGCACUGCCGAAAUAAUAGCCAACCAGAGCCAGGAUUAUGUGGACGAAAAGCUCGCUGAGUACCAAGCAACUAUACAGCAGCUUCAAAGUGAGUAUUAUUUUCAAAAUAUUUUAGAAAAUGUAAAAUCGUGUGGACGAAUGAUUAAGUAUAAAUGAAUUAAGUAAAUUCUUUGAAACUCUUAUUCUCUCUCUAUCGAAUAUAUGAACAUGAAAAGUGUGUCAAUUUAAGAAAUGCUUGAAUUAAUUCAGACACUACUUAGUAUUAUUGGAUAACUUGGAUGCCAAUUAGCAUCAGAGACACCUUUACGAAAAUUCACUUUUAUUGGCAGCAGCAAUUGCCACAACAUAUUAUUUUUGUACAUCACGGAGAUAGACAUUGACAAUGAUCUAGCGAACCGAAAACCAGUGUUUCCAAUGCGGUUGCAUGAUACUUUUGGCAGCCGCGAAAUCAAUGAACGGCGGUCUAGUAAUUUAGGAAUUGAAUGAUACCUCUCACCUGGCAGUAAGGUCUAUUAACUGAGAGGAGUAACAUUACGUACGAGUAAUAAUUGGCUUUUAAACCUGUUGUUCUACUGGCUACUUAAAAAAAGUUGCUUCACGACUAGAAUUGUUAUCAGGAAAUUGCUAAUGAAUGCUAACAAGUUGAAUCUUUAUUACAUUUUUUGCAAAUGGAAGUAUACCUCGAAUUCAAUUUGCAAUUCAAUCCACACAGUCUUCACAGUUUUUUCUGUUCGAAUUCGUUGAAUUAAUCGAGUCUCUUGUUUCAUGAUUUCAAGUAUUCGUUUACAUUUGUUGUUAUUUUUCUCUCGUCUAUAAAUCUGAAAGACAGCAAAUAUUUGGCCAACGCUUAGACAGUAUGCGAGAUUUAUGCGAACGUUAAGUACAAUACGUCAUUCAGGUUACUAAGAAAUAUGUAUAUAAUUGUUGAUUACUAUCAGUGGAUGAGUCACAUUAUUAAU